CAGAUACCAUUGUCAGCAUGGAAACACUGAGAUAUGGCGCCACAGUCGGAUCGGGAAUUCAUGUGGAUCAACCUGGCACAGCGAAAAUUCCGAAUGACGUUACAUUCUACUAAGAGUAUGUAUGGGACCGGAUUGAUAUGCAGCUUAGCACAAAGGUGAAAGCAACUACUCCGCCCGUUCCGAACUGCGUCUAUGUGAUGGCAUGUAUUUGGCUGAUGAAAUUCAGAAAUGUAGGGACUCCGAGCUUCAUUUCAACCAAGAGAUAGACUGAGCUGCACUUGGUGCAAACUUAUGGGAAGUAAUUGCAGAGUGUCUCUAUGUCACAACACCAUGGUCCGGGAGAAGCAAGAAUCUAGUUGGUUCCCAUGUUCGAGGGCAGACAAACAUGUUUGAUGUCUCAGAUGUCAGUUUGAUAGUCGUUUCUAGCUUCAACCCAUUCAUAAUUGUUCUAUAUUACAGGGUACAUGUAAGGUGACCAUAGAUAGGACUGACAUGUGAGAAUUCUGGGAAGUCGAUUGAAUGCAGUGGUCCAUAGGAACUAUUCACAGCACAAAAGGAGAUCUCGCUAAUGGUCUGGCUGAGAAUGGAACUUGAUGGGCGACGGGUAAAGUCCCCAGAAACAGACUGGAUCUAUUCUGAAAGCCAUGUAGUCAAUGGUCUUCCUGUCAUUCGCCCACAUUUUACCUUCUCGAUGAACGGUUGAUGGGAAGCUAACUACCUUUGUCUCUUGAGGCGGCUUGUCUACUCCGUAAGUGGAGCAAGCUAUUUUAAGCUGGGCAGCUUUGGGUCGGUCAAGAUAAUUGUGUACAAAAUCGUCAAAGAAACGUUUCUUGUAAUUGUCGGCAGAUAUCAUUAAGAGCCCAUGCUUGCAUCAGUGCCAUCCCAGUGGUUUAUGUUGAUCGUUCGGGAUGAUGGGGACACUGACACUCGCUUCCAACAAAACAAAUCAUGGCCUCCUGUGGCUCGCCUGGCCGCGGCUGACUUCCGCUGUUUCGCAGCCACGCGCCGCACCCCUGUCGCGCCGCCCAGAAGACGAGACCUUCCCUUCGCUGGAUUGGAUACAGAAGAGAAAUGGCCAAACCACAGGCACCCUCUCCAACAUCGUCGACGGUGCCGCAGAGCCGUACCACAUCGUCGCUAUAUCUGCCAUCUCAAUAGCCAUCGCUACUCGCCGACCGGCAGUCGACUGCCACUCGACUUGCGACAGCAUCGCGUCGGCUUCCUUGGAUCGAGUCGACCGAGGGAUUGCGACGCUUCGACCCUUCAUUCUUUGAAGGAACGGUAGACAAGACCAACAAGGAGCAGGGGGAUAUCACCGAAUUUUACACGGCUGGCCUGCUGAACAAAGAUGCGCGGAUACGAUGACAAGUUCGCGCCCACGAUCCUCAUCAGCUCGAUCAAACAAUUCAGAUGCUCAUAGAGUUCCCGCGCCGUCUCCCAGGAUCACCUCACACGCAGACUUCCAAGUCUCCGAUGGGAUUAUCUUGAACGACGUACCUCAAUAUAACUUAACUAGCUCUUCGAAUUUACUCAUACCUUUAUACGGAGUAGGAUCUCCGUAUCCAACUCUUGCGUCGUCCAGCUCCCCGUCUCGCCCUCGAGCUAGAUCAACUGCUGGCGAUCCGCUGCCUUCUCCCUCUUUGUCUUCGAAUAACUCGUACCGACCGUCUAUACGGUCUGGCCCUCUUGUCCAGAUGUAUCAACCAGGGCAAAGGCAUCCGUCUGCUGCGGGACAAUAUGUGCCUCCUCCACCUCCCCCGAUGUCCCCGCCUGCUCAGCCGCAUAUGAUGUCCAUUCCACCUCCUCCGCCUCCACCCCUCCGAAAUGUUGCAUCUCAAUCUCAUCAGCACGGCGGCGUUAUAAUUCCUCCACCACCAGGCCCUCCACCUGUGUCGAAUUGGCAAGGCAGUUGGGGCCGAUCAUACGAUGCCAGGGGCUUCCCAUUACCUCCCCCCAAUCCUCCUGCCAAUAGUCAACAUCAGGCAUACAAUCCCGGACAGAACUAUGUUCCGCACCAACCACCGCCAUUGUCGAUACCACCUCCACCAGCAAGUGAGCACCAGAUGUCAGCAACAUACAUUCCACACGGAGACUCGUUUGGCCCAGGUGUUGGAAUUCCAGGCUUUGGCAGGACUCAAGAGCCGAGCUUCAAUAGAGGCGAUAGUGCUGAGUUUUCUGCUGUAUCGGAUAGCUCGAGGUCCACUUCUAGAAAUACCGCCGAAACAGGUUUAUCUACGCCUCUAGAUGACGGAAGUAGCUAUUAUCAGGACCGGGACCGUAUGUACCAGUCCCAGACACCUAUAAAUCGCUUCAACAACAUUCAUCUACCUGAAUACACCCCACAAGAAUCUUCUACUGGGUCAUUCCUCAAUACACAGCAUUCGAUCAGAGGAAACCAUCAGCAGACGAGUGCUAGCAACUCCAAUACUCCAAUAUCUCCUAAUGAAGCAGCCUCGCGAUGGCCUAUGGAACAAGUUCUGCUCUGGCUUGCCAACAAUUCCUUCUCAAAUGAUUGGCAAGAGACGUUCAAGGCUCUGAACAUUUGUGGUUCUGUUUUCCUUGAACUCGGAAGUGGGCACGGUGGAAGAGGAAAUUUUGGUAUGAUGCACCAGCAGGUUUACCCUCGACUCGCCAAAGAGUGUUCAAGCAGCGGAACUGGUUGGGAUCAGGCCCGAGAGCGCGAGGAGGGCAAGAGGAUGCGUCGGCUGAUUAGAAGCAUUGUCACGGGAAGACAACCAGACGGCAAGCCAUCUCAUGUUCGUCGAGAGUCGUCUACUGCGAAUAUCCAGAGCGCAGGCACCGAGGGUACCGUGGAGGGUUCUCCAAACCUUGGCCGCGAGAUUCACGUUUCUACGCCAAGUACUGCAAAUGGAGAUGAUGAUAGCCCAGGCAAAUCCAUGUUCAAAGGACCGGGUCCGGGUUUCGGAACGAGGCGAUUCUCUGGCCGAAGCACGACCAUGCCCAUCCUGAGUGCUAGUGGGCAGAUGACGGAUUCAGAUACAUACAGUUCGCAGAAUAGAGGCGGCUACCGCAACGCUCUUCGAAAUAUUGAAGGUGAUGGUAGUCGCCGUCACAGUCCUAGUGCUAGUAGCGAGACAGGUGAUUUCAGAGGCCCAACACUUCGUCUGGAAGGUAGUCCAAAAAGCAGCAGCCCAGGAGCCUUCGCGAGUUUGCACACGCCCAACAGUGGAGGACUUUCAGCGUCCCCACAUACCAGAAGUUUUGGACAUCGUGCCAGUAAUAGCACGGACUCGAUUUCUUCAAACGCUGCCAUCUAUGGCUCUGGAGUUCCGCCAGGUGCUAGCCAAAUACUUCGUGGGGGAAUGGGAGGAGUUGUGGGUGAAUUAAAUCUUGUCCGCAACCAAGACAACAGUCGUCGUCACGGUGUUGAUGGCGCCCGUCCCUCCCCAUCUGAUGCUGGAGACCGAUCUGCCACUUCGGAACAGCCAACUUCUGCCAAGGAAUCGAAGGGUUUCCUGAAGCACUUCCGGAAGAAGAAGAAAGAAGAUGGCGCUGGUCCGUCACCCGAAGAGCCGAAUCUCGAGUCCCCCACUAGUCCGUCACUGAGCUUCAAGCCAGGACCCUUUAUGGCAAAUGGGAAAAACUCCAGCGAGACAUCUCUUGAUCGACCAUCCUCAACAUUCUCCGCCUCAGAGUAUGACAAAUUUGCUCAUAGCUCUGGAUAUCGCGGUCGCCGAAAUGUGCCUGGGAGGAACUUCAUAUUGCUUACCAAAGAUGGGCUUAAUUACCGGUUGUGCGAUGUCACUGACGUUGACUCUGCUUCCGACCUGCGUAGUGUGGUUUGCUCAACAAUCGGUGUAAUGGACAAUGAUUUUGUGCAGAUAUUUCUCACUGAUCUGGGUAAAAGCGAGCACGAUGAAGCACUUGAUGAUCAAAAAUUGCUCCUUUACAGGAGAACGAAAGCUGACCAAUCCGGUACUCUUAAGCUUUAUGUACGAGCUCCCAACUCUCCGUCACUGCCAGCACCGCAGUCCGCGGGGUUCAGUACAAACUUCGACAACAAGCUUGGUCUUUCACCCCGCCUUCCGUCAACCACUCCUCUGGAUGAAGAUGCAUAUGCGACACUAAAUGGCACGAGACGACGCUCGAGCUCUUCUCCCCCAAGUUCUCGACAAAACACCAUCAAAGCAAGUGGUCCCUCGAGUCGUGAUGCAACUAAUCCACCUGCCGCGCAGGCACAAUCGGACGCUCUCCGUGAUCGCCUAAUGCAAUUCCGAAAUUCUCAGGCAGAAGGUGGUGAAAGGCAGCUUCCCGAAUCCGAGAGACAAGCUUUCAUGGAGUUGGCUGCUAGCGAGCAUAAAGCUGAGAUGGAACGGAGACAAAAGGCGUACCUGGCUAAAAAGAAGCCACGAAAUUCUCCGUUUGAAGACAAGAAGCCUGACAGCCUCUUUCCGCAACGGAAGCCCCCACCUCCUCCCGCCGAGUCUGCAACAUUGAUCAAAGCGAACUCUCUCAGCAAGAGAAGCGGGCAACAGGCACGUCUUUCGCUCACGAGCGUGGACAGCGAUGGCAAGCGGAUAUCUGGUGGGGACCAAUCAUUUCAUUAUCCAUCCCAAGAGAUGUCCGAGUAUGCUAAACGAAAGCCUGUGCCGCCUCCGUCACCACAAGCUAGUAGUGGAAUUGCGGCAGCUCUGUUCGGUAUGGGCAGUCGCCUGGGAGCAGUAGGCCAUCCCAGUCCCAGCACUGCUCAAUCUCAGAGCAAGAGAUCGCCACCUGGGAGCAGUGACCAAAUAGAGAGAGGACGAAGUGCAAUGUCGACCGUGGGCUUUGGGACAAACGGCUCCCAGGGUAGCAGCCCGGCAAGAUCUCGUAGUGGUACACCUGGCAGUACAACUUGGAGUAAAGGCGAUCAACCAUUCAUAGUUCCGGACUACGGCGAGGAUGGUGGUGCCAGUCUGACUCGCGACCGUUCACUGUCGUUGAAAAUACCUGAGCAUUCUGCAACAAAUAGAAUCCGGGAGGAAGAAAGACGACGAGCUCCAUCCCCUGUGGACUUGAGUCCUAGCAGUGCUCACUCAACACCAGGAGUCAAUACACCCGGAAAUCGGAAAUCAUAUGGGCCAAACUUGGACUUCACCGAGUCCAACGUCAAUUUCAAGAACUCGCCCAAGCAAGUACCGCAGACGGAUUCUGACGAUGAUUCUGACGAUGGACUGUUCGCAGUACCGAUCGCCUCUCGAAAGCCUGAGAAGAAAUCAAGCAUGAGAAGAGUGAUGGCAAAUGAUGACAACCAGAGUGACUCGGAUGGUAUUGGGAAACGACCAAGUCUGACCAUCCGGACAUCUAGAUCAAAGAAAGGUUUAUCGGUCUCAUUUUCUUCGCCUCAAAAUGCCAAUAGUGCGACAAGUGCCAACGCAGCAAGGACGCCAGACUUUGAGGAUGAUAGUGCUCGUGGUUCUGGUAAACGGCCUCAGCGCCGCAACCCUGGUUCAGCAAAUUCCGAGGGUGGCUGGUCCGCUGAAUCUUCAGAAGAUAUGAGUGCCAAAUUGCUCCGACGUGAAUCCUUUGCAAGGGAAGACGUGUGGGCAAGCAGACCUCCUGCAGAGGCACUUAUUAACCACCUCGAUGCUUUCUUCCCCAAUCUUGACUUGGAUCAACCUGUUGUGGAAACGAAUGGGAAUACAUCGCCUCCUGUAUCACCGAUAGCAGAACAGGAAACCAUGGAACAACUUGCGGCUGCUCAGGCUGGUAUGACUAUAGGCGAUAGUUCGACGACAAACACAAUCCGGUCAAGCUUGUCGUACAAUGACGGCGAUACCCUUGGGUCGGACGAAUCUACUUUAAAGGCAUUGGAACGACCAGGAUCUAUGCAAAGUAUCGCGCAAAGAAACGUCCGUCGUUCUGGUGGCCUGGGACGAAUGAAGUCCAUUCGUGAGGUGGCGAGGGGAGCGCAUGAAGCCAACAAGCGGUUCACCGCACCUGUCCAGCAGGGUGGCCCGUCAAGCACGAUGCUUCGACGCAAGAGCACGAAGAUGUUCGGUGCCAACAUUGUGCAAAUCAAGCCGAAGCGUGGCAGCAUGAUCUUGCCUCAGAUACCUCAGGAUACAAUUCCAAAACGGCAGGCAACUUUCAGAUGGUUCAAAGGUCAACUAAUUGGCAAGGGUACCUAUGGUCGAGUCUACCUGGGAAUGAACGCCACAACUGGAGAGUUCCUUGCUGUCAAGCAGGUUGAAGUCAGCCAAAAAGCUGCCGGCAAGGACAAAGAGAAGAUGCGAGAGAUGGUUGCAGCUCUUGACCAGGAAAUCGACACGAUGCAGCACCUUGACCAUGUCAACAUUGUCCAAUACCUUGGAUGUGAGCGAAAAGAAAUGUCUAUCAGUAUCUUCCUUGAAUAUAUUUCUGGUGGCAGUGUUGGAAGUUGUCUGCGAAAACAUGGCAAGUUUGAGGAAACGGUGGUCAGCUCUCUUACUCGACAGACCCUUUCUGGCUUGGCAUACCUCCACCGAGAGGGUAUUCUCCAUCGAGAUCUGAAAGCGGACAAUAUAUUGUUGGAUCUAGAUGGAACUUGCAAAAUAUCUGAUUUUGGUAUUUCCAAGAAGACCGACAACAUUUAUGGAAAUGAUGCAUCGAAUUCUAUGCAAGGAUCUGUAUUCUGGAUGGCCCCGGAAGUCGUCCGAUCUCAAGGCCAAGGCUAUUCAGCAAAGGUGGAUAUUUGGUCCCUUGGAUGUGUGGUGCUUGAGAUGUUUGCAGGUAGAAGACCUUGGAGCAAGGAAGAAACUGUUGGAGCCAUCUACAAACUUGGCAGUCUGAAUGAGGCUCCGCCUAUUCCCGACGAUGUUUCAAUGAAUAUCAGCCCCGUUGCCGUGGCCUUUAUGGCUGACUGUUUUACGAUUGACCCUUCUGAGCGUCCAACCGCUGAUACCCUUCUCUCUCGACAUCCUUUUUGCGAGCUUGACCCGAACUAUAAUUUCCUCGAUACGGACUUGUACGCGAAGAUUCGUGGCGCAUACUAAGGACAUGGGGCAAUCUAUGGCGCUGGAACGUUUUUACGAAUAAUGACAGCGCUGCAUCUGUAUUGAUAUUGUCUUUUACUAUACCAUUAUCUCGUUAUUUUCUUUUGGUAAAAAGCGCGAAUGACUUGAAGGUCUCUAUAUGAACUGUAUAUUAACUUAGAUGCAAUUACGAAUGCUGCAUAAUACUGGCAUGUCCUAU